ACUUACAGAACAAUUGUUGGAUCCUGAAUCGAGCCCUCUGGUUCCGACUGCUCAUUUCAAGCAGCAACGUCAUUCGGUCUAGUGCCUCGGUUGUGUGGUGGAGUAGCUGACAUGCUACCGCAGAGACGAAAACAUCCAUCAGCUGUAUGCAGCAUGUGAGCCUUAACAACUAUGAUACAGGCUUUGCAACCACACCGGCCCCAGGUUGUCCAAAAUCCACGUCCUAUCUCCAACCCUUUAAGCGCUACACAGCGUCGCCAUACGGGCAAUAUAACGCCUCCUCCCACCUCCCACGACCACAAACCCAAAAGUCAGAUUGAGGCGAUGCCGCCUGCACUGACCCUCCGGACAGCAUUCCAGCCAUUCGAUCCCGCAAAGUGUCAUCCCGUCUUUUUCACCCCAGCUCUUCGAAAACCUCCAUUCCCCAUGAUCGGAUUCAACAACGGUCUGGUCAAUCCGGUAGCAUUCGGCUACAUAGCUGAAAACUAUGUCAAAAGAGAAGGAUUUGCAAAACUAUGAUUACAAGACAUAUCUUAACCCGAAAUUGUUCGAAUCGACGAGUUCAUGUGGCAUUUACGAGGCAACAUAGGAGAGCAGCCUUGUUAUCGAGUACAUGUAACUGUUCCUGCCUGCAAGCAUUUCUGCGCAGGAUGUCGAUGCUUGACUGGUCAGGGCAGUAAAAAUAUUUAUUGAACUGAUCGCGGUGAUUUUGGUACUUCUUUCUGCCUAUCUGUCUCUCCGUAAUUUGGCCUGCUUCACGACGACAUGUAUUUCUGGGUGCUCUCUUGAUCGAAUAUUUCUGUAAAGGCUACCAAACAUGGUCUAAGUGUUCUAAUAGAAAAGAAGACAUAGUGCCAAGUGUUUAUAGUGCAUUCGAAUGAAGCAAUUCUUUCACAGCAGCAUUUCGGCUGCCAAUUA